GUUAGUAAAGUAUUCCGAGCGAGGGUAAUAGGUGGUUGCCUGUGCGCUUUUGAAAUUAAUUUCGCCGAAUAAUUAUCCUGAUUCUGCUAGAUUACUACUUUUAUUUGUUAAGCGAAACCGUCUCUCUUCUUUUAAAUUAAGAUCGUCAAAACUUUACGUUUUUAAUUUUCUUUUGAUCUCGUCCAAAUUUUCUGUCAUUAAAAUGCAAGAAACCGUUACAAAUACAAGCGAAAGAAAAUCGUUAUUUUCCUCGUUUCUCGAGGUUCUAGAAGCACGAGAGAAACAAGCACAAGCUGAUCGGCAAGUUCAAGAAGAGAAGUACUUGAGGAGGACUCAAAGAAUUUAUGAUUUUCAUGAGAGGCAGCGGCGCGAGGCGGUGGAGCUGCGGCGCUGCCUGGACUACGUGUCGCAGCAUGCGCACGUGCUGGAGUCGGUGCUGCGCGGCGGCGGCGGCGGCGGCGGCGGCGGCGGCGGCGGCGGCGAGGGCGUGCCGCUCAGCGCCGCGCUGGUGCGCCAGGCCGCCGCGCUGCAGCGCUGCAUGGCGCAGUGCGUAGCCAACGCCUCGCGCAUCCGCCAGCUGCUGACGGCCACGCACCAGCCUCAAAUGGAUACUAUGCUCGCCAAAAUGGAGGCGGAGCUGAGCACGUGGACGGCGUUCCUGCAGCGCGCCGUGGACGCCACCUACAGCACCGAGGUGGUCAUCGACAAUCUCCACAACAUGAUCGCCGAACAACGGCGGUGCGUGCGCGAGGUGUCUUCCUCCAGCGUAUUCACGUCGAUGUGCGAGGCCAGUGGCUCGCCGCCUGCCGCCGAGCGCACCGCCGACGACGCGCCGCCCGCCGCCGCCGCCGCCGCCUCGCCUCGCUCGCCGCUCGAGCGCCGCGCGCCCUCGGCCGCCUGCAGCACGCCCAUCGCCCGCGACUAACGGCGUCGGCGGCUGCCGCCGAACGUAUGAAUCUAACAGAUCUAAAUCUAAGACUGUAGGUUUUGGUUUUAAAUCUUAUGUGCGAGAAACGCUGCCGGCUGAGCGCAUCUGCGUGGCGAUACCGACUGUUCGCCGUUUUCUCGAAUACAGCCUAUGUGUGAAUUAAGCUACAAAUAAAACGACCCCUGUGAUGUUCGAGCUGGCGCUACCGGCGACCUCGACUUGUGUUUUAUGAUUUUGUAAUCGAUGGGCAUGUAGUGCCGCAACGCUCGAGAUGAUUAUUAUGUCCGGCGAGCGGCGCCGGAGGCCGAGCUCGGAGUGCCCAGCACUGCCUUAUCGCGUGUGUUCAAUUUGCGCAAACUGCCCAAUCAUGUCGCUAUCGUAUUUUUACGUAGGUAUUUAUCGAUGUUACGAUUUAAGGCUACGCUAUUAUGUAUUAAGAAAAAAAAACUUAAGAUCCAGAAAUGAAAUUGCAAUGUUUUAGAUAAUGCUUUUUAUGUGUGUUAUAUCUUGCCUUAGGAUUAUUCAAAUUAAGAUGACAUACCUACCUAUUUUAUUUUUACAUAAUGAACUAAGAUUUUGUACUGUACAAUUUAAAUAAUGUUUCUGCGUACUUGUUGUGUUUAUGGCGCGCUAAGGGUUGGGUGCAGGCGGAAGAUUGCCAAUGCCGAGUAUUGCCGAGUCACCAACAGCCGACAGGAGACCACUCGAUGGCAGACGCGGUACAUUUCAAUGUUUUCUAUACAAGAUAUUAAGUAGUUUCUUGCUAUAACUUUCUUAACAUAUUCUGUAAUUUAAAAAUGAAUCGCAAAAUGUGUUGGUAAAAGCGCAUAUAAGUAACUCAACAACGCCUGGAUCAAUUUAACUAAUUCUUUUUUUAAAUGUUCGUUGAAAUCAAGUCCAAGGAUGGUUUUUACGGCAAGAAAAAAUCGAAUAAUUUCCGGGAAAACCCCGGACGGCGAGCGAGUAUUUUAAUAAAUGUCUGUUAAAAGACAAAAGGCCUAUUAAGGUUAUUAUAUUUUCUGGCGUUAACCACAACAUUAAAGCUCAUUAUGUGUAACUCAAUUAGCAUUUGCUUCGUAGUACUACUCUGGCCACUGCGCGCGCGCGGCCCUCAGCGCGGCGAGCUGGUUCACUGACGAUAAGUUUUGGAUCUUUUUACAAGUUCGCGCAUCUUACUUAUGGGCCCGCUGCGUCGGUGCUCUGAGCGUUCUGUAUGUUUCGUUUAGUGUUAUCGACUAUUAUGUAUUACUUUUAUGCAGUAUUACGUGCACUAUAAGCGAGUAGUAUUAGGUGCGUAGACGCGCAUACACAUCAAUGUUGUACCUAUAUUUCUUCCUGCGCCAGACGCGCUGCCGAUAAUAUCAUACAAGGUGUAUAAUAUAACAGUGGAUGUCUGCCUUCACACUUAGUUUAAUCAAGCCUAGAUGGAUAGUAGCGCUUCGUCUAAAGUGAGGCAAAAAUAUUGUCAUUCACUGUCAUGAACUGUGAAAAAUGUACAAUAAAGGCAAUUUUU